GCUGUUGCUCGGUUUGUUUGGUGCGGGAGGCGGCUGUUUAUUCUCAGCGUUUACAGGAUUUAAUCACUCAGCAGUCAACUUCGGUGUUGAAACGCAGCACUUGUUCGCUCAGCAACUCACGGGACAAUGAAUGGUAAGUCAACGAACGGUUCGCUGGGGGGGAUGGCCUGCAUCGAGGGUCUGCCCCCGCUGCCGAAGAGCCUGAGCGGCUUGCUGAACUCGAGCGGCGGCUCCUGGAGAGAAAUGGAGAGGAUGUACGUGAAGAAAACCAUGAUCCAGGACGACCUGAGCCGGGGCAGGAACAACACCGACAACCUGCUGGCCAACAAGCCGGCCAACCUCGACGCUGCUCUGGCUCUCCUGCGGAAAGAAAUGGUGGGUUUGCGUCAGCAGGACAUGUCCCUGCUGUGCCAGCUGUGGUCGCUGCACGAGUCCAUCCAGGAGUACAAGGGCAGCUGCCAGGACCUGAGCGCCGCCUCCUCCUGCAUGAUGGAGAACGGCUACUUCGACGAGGACGACGAGUACUACCCGGAGCCCGGCGCCACGCCCACCGGGGAGCAGCCGGACGGAGACGUCGGGGACGGCGCCGCCAAGAACGGGAGCCUCGGCGGCAAAGACGACAGCUGGGACUCCUUUCACGUCACCAUCUGAGGCCUCGUUCUCGGCCUUUUUCUGCAGAUGUAUGCAUAUUUUUGGGGGUGAAAGACCUGAGAAUGAACUAGAUGGUUAGCGAUAGCAGCUUAUUGGAUCUCCAGCUUGCCCCCUCAGGUGAAACACGCCCCUGCUUGUGCUGCAGAAGUUUUUUUUUUUUUUUUUGCAGCGCGACCAGGAGCUUCAUCAAACUGCAGAGCUGAUCGGCCGGCUGCUCUAAAACUCAGGAGUUGUGGAUGGAUUGUAUUCGAAGGCUCCAUAUACUCAAAAUUAGGCAAUAUAUAUAUAAUUUCUUUUUAUAAACGGCUCUGCUGCUGCUUCUAUAUCCAGUGGUUUUGCUCGCCAGUCACCCUUUUUUGGCAGAACCUUUUUUUUUUUUACAUAUACAAAAUAUAUGAACAAAGUUGUAUUAUUUAUUAUAUAAUAUAAAUAACAAGAUAUUUGCUUUUCCUGUUACUCUCUCUCUCUACGGAAGUUUUGUACUGCAACUCUACCCGGCAACAAGGGUACAGCAUUUACAGGUUGGGGGAGGUCCCGAAAACGGGGCUUCAAAAGUGAACGCACAGAGGACGGAAGACCUGAACUCUGCAAACGUACGAUCGGCCGAUGGAGACAGUGUGUGUGUGUUACUUUUUAAGUGGUGAAAUCAUUCAUUUAUCUAAAUCCAGAAGGUCUGAAGAGAAGUUUUCAGACUUCAAGAAUGGAGAAAGAAGAGGUGAAGUCUUCGUAUCGGCUCGCUCGCAGUGUAAAAAUGCUUGAAACUGAGUGAGUUUCGGUGCAGGAGUGACACUUUUCUGCCUUUUUUUUUUUUGUUUCGACGGGGCAGAUAUUGCUCUGAAAAUGUGAAAUGUUCAAAAUGCUGGAAACAGUUUUAACCUUCACAGUGUUUGGAUGCAUUACGGGCAAAUUUUCGCUGGUUUGGUGAAAGGCCCAGAUGGUUUCGAUCUGGGAAAGUUCUGUUUUCUACUCAGCUGUGGAUAAUCUCUUUCAUGAAGCAUCGACUGAGGAGUUAAAGCAUAAUCCUAGCUUAUUGCAACUUGGUUCUCAUAGUCAUUGCCGUCAUUCCUAUCAGUAAUAACACUUUACUCCGGCUCUGAAAUCUUGGAAGUCAGCAGUUAAGUUGCGCAAAAUCAUCAUAACUGACAGAAACGACUAUGAAAACUAUUAAAAAAAUAAGGCUGAAGUUAUAAUCAACAUCAACACAGCCAGGUAGCAAAUGUUAACUAGCCAGCAUUGAUUAAAAAUAACCAGGAAAAAUGACUUAUUCUGCCAUUUUUUCCUACAUAACCAGCUUUGAGACUUUUCUUCUAAAUAUGCUCUAUCGAAUAAAUGUUGCCAAGAAAUGAGAAACUGUGAUCAACUUCUCGCAUACUUGCAGUUGGAUUGUCUGUUAAUAUAUCACAGUGACGUUAAAUCUGA